CGCUCGGUCCUAUGAGGAACAGCGGAGUUUUAGUUUGUGAAUUUGGCUGGUUGGUUCAAGAUUGAGACCCUGGGUAACUCAAUGCGGGGGUCGGGCAGGCACGGAGGAGUUAGGAAUGCAACCUGCACAACACGUAGCCGACUUGCUCCCUAAGUCUGUGCAGUUCUCUGUGAAUCAGCUUGUGACUCUUUCCAAAGCAUCACGCGGUUUGACAACCGAGGAACUCCAAAAACACUUACCUUAAGGUUUCAUUUCUUAUUCCUGAGUGUGGGCUGCUAUCAAAAAAACUAAAAGACCUGGUCAUGGAAAUGGGACCCUAUUACUCUGUGAAGAAGUUACCUCUUCAUGAAUUAAUUACACAUGAAUUCAUCAACACCUUUGUAAAGAAAGGUUCACUCUCUGCAUUAACGUACAAUACAAGUAUUGAUGAGGAUAAUACUGUUGCUCUCCUACCAAAUGGGAAAUUAAUUUUAUCACUGGAUAAAGAUACUUAUGAAGAGACUGGACUCCAAGGCCAUCCAUCUCGGUAUUCUGGCAGAAAAAGUAUGAGGUUUAUCAUUUCCAUUGAUCUAAUGGAUUUAUCCCUUAACCUGGAUUCUAAGAAAUACAGAAGAAUAUCUUGGUCCUUCAAAGAAAAGAAGCCUUUGAAGUUUGAUUUCCUUUUGGCUUGGCAUCAUACAGGUACAGAAGAAUCAACAAUGAUGUCAUACUUUUCCAAAUACCAAAUUCGGGAGCAUCAGCCAAAAGUGGCCUUGAGCACAGUAAGAGAUCUGCAGUGCCCAGUGCUUCAGAGCAGCAGCCUUGCAGGGGAGCCGGAGGAGGCCUGCAAUGCCCUGGAGUUCUUCGACUGGCUUGGUGCCGUCUUCUGCAACGCGGACCUAAAUAAUGAACCUCAUAAUUUCAUAUCAACCUACUGCUGUCCACAGCCAAACACAGUGGCAGCCCAAGCUUGUCUGUGUACAAUCACAGGUUUCGUGUUGCCAGAGAAGAUACUUGUCCUUCUGGAACAGCUGUGUCACUACUUUGAUGAACCGAAGUUGGCUCCAUGGGUCACCUUGACAGUUCAAGGCUUUGCAGACAGCCCCGUUGCAUGGAGGGAGAAGGAACACGGCUUCCACAAAGGAGGAGAGCACUUGUACAAUUUUGUUGUUUUCAAUAAUCAGGACUAUUGGCUUCAGAUGGCUGUUGGAGCAAAUGAUGACUGCCCACCAUAAAAAAUGCAAAGUUUAGAGCCA